AUAUAGUAGUACCAGGCUAAUGAUUCGGAUGUACUUUACCAUUGUGUGUUGAAGAUCGGGACUAUCCAUCGUGUGAAAAUACCAAUGGAGCAGGUUCUCGAGUACCCUCAUCUGUAAAUCUGCAUGCAGUGUAUCAGCUGUUUAAUUGCCCUUGGGUACUCUAUAGUCUCGUCUUAUAUUUGUACUAUUCCUGACAAACAGAAAUGGCAGAAACAUCCAAAAUUGAUAUGGAGCAAAUGCGACGUCUUGCUUCAAUUAUGGAGAAAGGAACAAUCAAGUCUGCUAGCAUGCCACAGAGUGUUGAGUUAAAGGACAAAGAUAUUCCGUUAGUUACCACAAUCCAAGAGGUCGCAGUCUAUGAUGCCAACAAAGAAGGAUAUGGCCAUGCUAACACAGUUUCCAAUGUUACCGUGACAACAACCAGAAACAACACGGUGGAAGAUGGAACACCCAUCACCAUAGAAACAGCAAUUGCUUUACGAAAGGUGGUGUAUGGGUCAAGUAUUCAUUCAUUUGGCAGUAGUUGGAAAAGCAUGGGAUUUGUCUUCCAAGAUAUCAGUGGUCCAUUUAGUUAUGGACUCAAAUCAGAAAGAAAUGGCAGCAGGGGACUUUUAAUGGCUGUUCAGGGACAUAUUAUUAGAAACCUGCUGCACAGACAUUCUCAAGGAGAUAAACCGCAGAAAUUGUCUAGUCUUAAACCAACUAAUUUUGAAAGGAGACGAGCUCUGAUUGAAAGUUUGUGUCAAAUGUUAUGGAGAGCAGGAGAAAACAAUGGUUGCCAAGUAUGUCUCCAUGGCAACCAACCAUGUUUCCCUAACAACAAUAUGUACAGAGAUGAUAAUAUCACAGAAAGGCUUCACCUUUUUGCCUUCAAGAAGUAUCAAGAUCUAGAAAUGUUUAUGAAAAGAUACAUUCACUUUUUUGAAGCUCCAACAGGAUGUAUCUUAUACCUCUAUAGUAUGGCUUUAUCCAGAACAGUGCCAAAAAUAAUUGAAGAUCUUGAAGAUGCUAUACCUCAACUCCUAACUGACAAUGAAGAUGUGUCAGGGGCACUAGUCAAUCUUUUAUUGACUGGCCGGGCUACUAGACAUCUUCACAAUGGCAAGAUAGACUACAGUGAAGAUGGAGAAGCUUUGAAUCAACCAAUGGUUGGAAUUCUAGAGCGAAGUGAGAUUGGCUUUCUGUACUGGCACAAAGAUGAAGCAAAUGAUAAUAGAACACAGGUAGGGAGUAUGUUAAAGACUCCCAGAUGUCCUGUAUGGAUCACUAAAGUGAAUGGACAGUUUGGUUGUCUAUUCUCCCUCACAUUAGAUCUCUUAACUGACUGGAGGAGCGAGCACAAGUUCAAUGUAUAUUACUACACGGGUCUACCAAUACACACAAGUGAGCUGGUUCUUUUAGUAGACACAAGAUUUGGUAGAAAAUUGCAGUCCAAGACUACAAUAGGACGUAAAGAAGAAGAAAAGAAAAUCCCUGCAUUAGAUCAACUUAUAAUGACUAAAUGGUAUGGCGCAGAGGUAGACUGGAAUGGUGUAGCACCAUCUUAUUGA